CCUUCCAUCUUCGCUGUAAAUCCGCACCACCGCAACAUCUCACCCAUUCCCAAGCAGGAUCUCUCAACGUCCGGCGACCUUCCCUUUACGAAGCUUGAACGUCAAAUCGGUCGCAAUUUUCCACGUUAAAAUUGAAGAAAACGUGAAAACCUACUGCUUGAAAAUAAAUUCUACAGCGAGUCAACGAAUCUUAGUAUUUUGAGAAACAAAACCGGUGAACACUUAAUAUAGCGAUAUAAUUCGUCGUAUUUUUUUUAUUUGUGGCUUUUCUGUUUAAAAAGCUAAAAUGAAGACCAAAUUUAUCAACGGGGUUUCCUCUUCCCCCUCUCUGUCGCUGGGUUUGCUGGUAACCGAGAACGCCUUGCAGGUUCAGCCUGGUGCUCAACAGGAUUGCAAGGACCUGGUCCGCCCCGAGACUCCCGACCAGGACACACGGUUAAAUGCUUACCUCUGGUGCAAGGAGUUCCUCAAUGGGUCCUGGAAAAUCCUGGCGGAGGACGACUUCGAGAUCACCGUUAUAAGGGGUGGGCUGAGUAACAAGCUCUUCCUGUGCAGCCUCCCAGACAGUGUGAACACUGUUGGGGAUGAGCCAAGGAGUAUUCUGCUGCGCCUUUAUGGGGCCAUCCUGCAGAUGUCCUGUAAUAAAGGGGAAUCCCAACAGUCAAACAAAGAGAAUCCUUUUCAAGGGGCAGAGGCCAUGGUCUUGGAGAGUGUGAUGUUUGCAAUCCUGGCAGAGAGAGAAUUGGGACCGAAACUCUACGGGAUUUUUCCUCAGGGACGACUGGAGCAGUAUGUGCCGAGCCGUAAGCUGGAAACGUGCGAACUGAGCAACCCGAGCAUUUCGGCAGAGGUUGCUGAGAAAAUGGCCAAGUUUCAUGGAAUGAGAAUGCCUUUCAACAAGGAGCCCAAAUGGUUGUUUGGAACCAUGGACAAGUACUUAAACCAAGUCAUGAGGCUGAACUUCACCCGGGAGUCUCACUUGCGCCAUUUCAACCGCUUGCUCAGCUACAACCUACAGCAGGAGAUGGAUUGGCUCAAGUCUCUGCUGGAAUCCACCCACUCUCCAGUGGUGUUUUGCCACAACGAUUGUCAAGAAGGAAACAUCUUACUACUAAAAGACCACCAUCAGUCGGACAAACAGAAGCUGAUGCUCAUUGACUUUGAGUACAGCAGCUAUAACUACAGGGGAUUUGAUAUUGGCAACCAUUUCUGUGAGUGGAUGUAUGACUACAACUGUGACGAGUUUCCCUUCUUCAAAGUGAAAGCUCAAGAUUACCCUUGCAAGGCUCAGCAGCUCCACUUCAUUGAAAAUUACCUGCGCGCGUCCCAUGAAGGAUUCGACAGCUUAAGUCAAGAGGACCAAAUGAAAAUGAAGGAGGAGCUUUACACGGAGGUCAACAGAUUCUCCCUUGCAUCCCACUUCUUUUGGGGCUUGUGGUCCAUCAUCCAGGCCCGUCUAUCGACCAUCAAGUUCGGAUAUCUGGAAUACGCCCUGGACAGAUUUGAUGCCUACUUCCAGCAGAAGAAAAUGUGGGCCGUCUAACGGAGCAAGAAGACUGGAUCACCUUUUGAGCUGAGCGAGGUCAUGCUAGCCGAUACAGAUUCCAUGCUUUACUUACACUCUGCCACAAGAGUAUGUGCUGGCUGCUGUUGGUACCGGUGGUGCCAAAUUGAAUCACAAGUCCGGGUGCUCAUCUUCACCCCAAAUUCCGCUGCAGCGCAAAGUUUCAACUGCUCGCUGACAGAUAAUCUUGUCAGGGCUAUCUCUGCUUGUGCAUUGCUCCGUGAAUCUAACUAAUAUAUGCCAUGACUGAAGCAGGUCAAAAAUGGAUUUCGGUUGAAGCUAGACUGGAAGCAUUAACAUUGCAUCAAUGUAUCAACGUAUUGCUCCUUCUGAGGGAAAGAGCCAAAAUGUGAACUUCUUGUGGUAGUUUCCUGCUUACUUAAGCAUCCAACUAUGUAUAUUAUAUAUAAACCUCAAAGUACCAAUAACCCGUCCCUCUCUGUUACUAACGGAUCGUCUUGCUAGUGGGAUUAUUAGGACUUGACAUUAUCCAGUUGGUGUACAUGCAAUUUUAGCUGUCGCCAUGAUUUUUAGGCCAGUGAAAGGGAUCAUGUUUUAUCUCCAUGUAUGUGAAUUGUUUCUGGGUUGAACAUGCUUCAAUUCAAAUCAUCAAUGUGAAACCGUCGUAGACUAAUAUGGUAUUUUAUUAUCUGCACACAUCUUUGUACACUCGUGGUGUGAACUUGGGUAAGUGCGAUAAGUACAGUAGUGACAGCUCAACAGAACGACAUCAUUCCAUCUUUGUGUUCUUUGUUGCCUUACUCUCCAUUGGCAUUUGGGAAAUUACAUGUAAACACAAUUCAGACAAAUGGUUUUGAUUUACAUUAUUUACAGUGCCAUGGUAAAUGAAUUAUGCACAGUAUUAAACUAUUUUUUAUACUAAGGCAGUAUAGGCUAAAGAAGAAAAAAAAAACAUUCAAAUUAUCCGCUAUGUCAUUACAUUUGUGCAUUUUUGUUUUGUUUUGGACAUGAAAAAAAACAGAACAACUAUAUUGUUUUUCACAAUUGUCAAUACCCACGAGAGCUGUCAAGGAAAUCAAAAGAAACAUACUGCUCCUCUUGGAGAAUGCAGCUUGGAUGGUCAUUCUACUCAAUCCUCUUCAUCAUUGGGCAUCCACUCUACUUAUUUUUACGUUAACUGUUGAAAUGCUUUCGACUUGAUGUCGCUUCGUGACAAAACCUGUGCAAUUACUUCAAAAGAUUCAUGGAUUUGUUUUGCUUUACAUGCAUUCGAACACCUGAUACCAUCCGACAUCAUGAUGAAGCGCUACAAGACAGUAUACUUCCUCAGGGAAGUCAAGACAUGUUGUUGGCAUAGCGUUCAUCCACUGAAACAAAUUUUCUGUUGAGGAAUGCAAGCGCCGUAUUUUCUGCACGAUAAGGCGCUUUGGAUUCAAAAGCGCACCUUCAAUGAAUGGCCUAUUUUAAAA